GCAGGAGCAUACGCGCGCGUGUGUGUGUGUGUGAGGGAGAAAGAGUGCAAGUGUGUGUGCGUGCAUGUGUCAGAGACACUCACACUCCUCACUGCAAGGAGACACACACACAUCCAUUUUUCUGUCCUGUUUGAAAAGAAGGGGAAAAAGAGGGGAUAAAGAAUCUUAAUAUUAUCCCCCUCGUCCCCUAAUCAACUUUUUCCUCCUCUCUUUUCAAUUUUGGGAUUUUUUUUUUUCUAUUUUUUAAAAUUUUUUCUUACCUGACUUGGAAUUUAAACUGAUCAAUUUACCUGUCUGUCAAGGCAAGACAUACCUCAUGGAUUUAUACCUGUUUGGAUAUUUUAUGUGCGUGUGGUUGUCCAGUUCCAGGGUGCAUGGAGGCUAUCCCAUCUGGUGGUCCCUGGCCCUGGGGCAGCAGUACUCCUCUCUGGGCUCCCAGCCCAUCCUGUGCGGCUCCAUCCCCGGCCUGGUGCCCAAGCAGCUCCGCUUCUGCCGCAACUACAUCGAGAUCAUGCCCAGCGUGGCCGAGGGCGUCAAGCUGGGCAUCCAGGAGUGCCAGCACCAGUUCCGAGGGCGGCGCUGGAACUGCACCACCAUCGAGGACAACCUGGCCAUCUUCGGGCCCGUGCUGGACAAGGCUACCCGGGAGUCGGCGUUCGUGCACGCCAUCGCGUCGGCCGGGGUGGCGUUCGCCGUGACGCGGUCCUGCGCCGAGGGGACCUCCACCAUGUGCGGCUGCGACUCGCACCACAAGGGCCCGCCCGGCGAGGGCUGGAAGUGGGGCGGCUGCAGCGAGGACGCCGAGUUCGGGGUGCUGGUGUCCCGCGAGUUCGCCGACGCCCGGGAGAACCGCCCCGACGCCCGCUCAGCCAUGAACCGGCACAACAACGAGGCGGGCCGUACGACCAUCCUGGACCACAUGCACCUGCGCUGCAAGUGCCACGGGCUGUCGGGCAGCUGCGAGGUGAAGACGUGCUGGUGGGCGCAGCCGGACUUCCGCACGCUGGGCGACUUCCUGAAGGACAAGUACGACAGCGCCUCGGAGAUGGUGGUGGAGAAGCACCGGGAGUCGCGGGGCUGGGUGGAGACGCUGCGCGCCAAGUACGCCUUCUUCAAGCACCCGACGGAGCGCGACCUGGUCUACUACGAGAGCUCGCCCAACUUCUGCGAGCCCAACCCGGAGACGGGCUCCUUCGGCACGCGGGACCGCGUCUGCAACGUGUCCUCGCACGGCAUCGAGGGCUGCGACCUGCUCUGCUGCGGCCGCGGCCACAACACGCGGACUGAGAAGCGCAAGGAGAAGUGCCACUGCAUCUUCCACUGGUGCUGCUACGUCAGCUGCCAGGAGUGCGUGCGCGUCUACGACGUCCACACCUGCAAGUGAGGCCGGGCGUGCGGCGCACGGACUGUGCGGCUCGCGCAGCCCCAGAAACACGCAGACAAACGCGAAAACACACGCGCGCACACAUGAACACACACGCAAGUACA